AUGACCGAAGCGCCCUCCAUCCAACAGGUCUCCCUCUCGCUCAGUGCAGAGCGCAAUGCAAUCGCUCCCGCAACAUGUGCGAACAACAGUCGCCUCGAACGCGACCUGAAAGCCGUGCGUGAACAUGUCGAACCGCUCUUUGCUCCAGCAAAAAUACCAAUACCUCUUCAUGAUCGCAUGUCGCCGUUCAAUAUCUGCAUCAACCGACAAUUCGCGCAAUCGCUCGAUUCGAUACACCGUCUGCUCGACCGAGCUCUAGUCGAUAUUGUUGAGCGAUGGUUCACUGACGUUGAAGCCAAUUUUCCGUCGCGGAUGCCGUUGGAAUCACACGAAGAGGAGGUGAUUAAAUGGAUCAGCGGCCAGGAGCAAAGUCAGUCAGGACCGAGGAAGAUGCUUGAUUUUCGUAAACGGUCGGGCAUGUGGCGAACAGAUAUACUCUUCGAAGAUCGCAAUACCGAAGCAGCGAAAAUUUGCGAAAUAAAUGCACGUAUUCCAUUCAAUGGGUUUUACAUUGCUGGUCUGCAUUGCGAAGCCACGCAGAAGUUUGGAGCAAGUCGGAUAGGCUUCAAAGCGCCGAACGACAUAAAGGACACAAAGGAGACACUAUUCGACUGUUACGACCGAUCGAAACCGGUUUUUCACGUUCACAAGAAAUGGCCCGGAGUCGAUUCGCGCUUGUUUGGCCAUGAAUACAAAAACGCCACUGGCCUGGACGUGGUGCAGAUUGAGCCAUCGCAGUUGCAGCUGGAAGAAGAUGGUAGCUCUCCAACGGGAUGGUCAUUGUACGCGGACGUCGGUGGCAGCGGUUCUGGGAAUGGCAACAACAUAUCAAGCACCGGUGGGAGUCUACUCAAAGUCGAGCAAUGUGCAGUUGAACUGUUCCAAGAGGAAUUCUCUGAUAUUAAUUCCACCGCUCUGAAACAAUUGGCCACGUGUAGUGUGAACGACUUUCGUACCAUUUUUCUGCUUCACGACAAACGAAUCCUGGGUAUUGUCCGUGAUGAAAUUCCAAAUUUAGUACGACGGAACGUGCUUUUAUCUCAAGAGGGGGAGAUUCUUCGUGACGGUAUCGCCGAAACUCUAAUCCCGGGAUCAAAUGCCCUCAAGCAACUGCUCGAAGAUACCAAACAAGAUCCGCUCGCCAAGAACGAGUGGAUUGUCAAGCCUGUGCGCGAUGCAUCAUGCAACGGUAUCCGCCUUGGAGUUGAUAUCGAACAAGACGAGUGGCUGUCAUUAUUGGAGCGAUUGUCCAGCCGUGCCCUCUACCCAGCGAGUGAUGAUGCAUAUGUAGUGCAACGACUAGUUGUCCAUAAAAAGUACGACAUAGUGCGCCAUGAUGUGUCCGUUGCCAAGACUGAACAGUUCCAUCUCAUCGGAUCCUGUCAUAUGAUUAACUCCCAGUCAUUGGUCUUCGGACCCUGGAGGAUUGGCGACAAGGUUCAUGUUGGUCUCGGCCCAGAUGCUCGGGGCAUUGUGAUGAGCUGCGUCGUGAGACCCGAGGAUAUGGAGCAACUUGAUCCCCGGAAAAAGGAAGAAUGA